CAACAACAAUGCAUUCUCACAACCUCCUCCUCCUCCUCUUCUUCUUCUUCACAGUUUCAUUUGCAGAACUUUGCCAUCCAAAUGACAAAGAAGUCCUCCUCAACAUCAAAAAAGCCUUCAACAAUCCCUACAUUCUUACCUCAUGGAAACCUGAAGAAGAUUGUUGCACUUGGUAUUGUGUUGAAUGUGAUCUGAAGUCCCACCGGAUCAUUGCCCUCACCAUCUUUGCCGACGACGAACUCUCUGGUCCAAUCCCACCCUUUGUGGGUGACCUCCCGUUCCUCGAAAACCUCAUGUUCCACAAGCUCCCAAAUCUCACUGGCCCCAUCCCACCCACCAUUGCAAAACUCCACAACCUCAAAUACCUUGACCUAAGUUGGAACGGUCUCUCUGGUCCUAUCCCCAGCUUCCUCGGCUCCCUUUCCAAUCUCGAUAUUCUCGACCUCUCGUUCAACCGUUUCACUGGCUCCAUCCCUAGCUCUCUUGCCAACCUCCGCCGUCUUGGAACUCUCCAUUUGGAUCGAAACAAAUUGACAGGACCCAUACCCGAUUCCUUUGGAAACUUCAAGGGAAAAGUCCCUUAUCUCUAUCUAUCCCACAACCAACUGUCUGGAAAAAUUCCAACUUCUAUGGGGAAAGUGGAUUUCAAUUACAUUGAUCUGUCGAGGAACAAGCUCGUGGGCGAUGGAUCGUUGAUAUUCGGAUCAAAGAAGACGACAGAAAUUGUCGACUUGUCAAGGAACUUGUUAGAGUUCAACAUUUCGAAGGUUGUGUUUCCUCGAACCUUGACUUGGUUGGAUCUUAACCACAAUAAGAUCUUUGGGGAAAUUCCAACCGGGGUUGUGAAGUUGGAGUUGCAGAUGUUGAAUGUGAGUUACAAUGCACUUUGUGGUCGAAUUCCGAUGGGAGGAAAGUUGCAAAGCUUUGAUGUAUACUCCUAUUUUCAUAACAAGUGCUUGUGUGGUAAACCACUUGGUAGCUGCAAAUGAUGA